AUGAUGCAUCACCUUAGGAUCUCCGUUUUACUGAAAUUGCUGCUCUAUGCAAUUGGGAUUCUUGCAAGUCAAGAUCCCAAUGAUGUCUCGGUCUUGAUCAAAGAGGCCGCGCGCGCCAACAACGAGUCGCUGCUAUGGGGCCCUUACAAGCCAAACCUGUACUUCGGGGUGCGGCCUCGCAUCGCAAACAGUCUGGCUGCGGGAUUGAUGUGGGCCAAGGUCGACGACUUCGCUACGGUCCAGCAGAACUUUAGGCACACCUGCGAACAGAAUGAAGGUAUGGCUGGAUACGGCUGGGAUGAAUACGAUAUCCGGAAGGGCGGACGCGAGACAAUCCAUGACGCCGGCAAUACUUUGGAUCUUACAAUCGAUUUCAUCAAGGUGCCUGGUGGCCAGCACGGAGGCAGCUGGGGUUUCCGAGUGAAGGGUGUUCCUCGCGAGGACGGAAGUCCUGAUCAGCCCAUCUCAAUGGUUUUCUAUACCACUCUUGAGGGCCUGGGUCAGUUGGGUGUGGACAUGGACACCGUGUCCAAGAGCGCACCGCUCGAGGGCGAUUUGAGGUUUAAUGGCUACUCCUCCGAGCUGGGAGACUUCACCAUUGAUGUCACCGACGGACCUGAGAGCAAUGAGUACUUUAAGCAUGAUCAUCCCACUGGCGAGGACAAGCCGUUGGGCCACGGUCUUGUAUCUAGUGCAACCAUGCCCCAGCAGCAUCUUUGGCAGGCCAAAGGCAUCCUAUUUACGCAGAUGAAAGACGAGGUUGAUGAGACCAUCAAGGAACAUGGACCUGAGAAUCCGCCGCCUCCAGCUCAGCUGUUCACAAUCAGGCAUGCGCCUGGAGAGGGCAAUGUCCACAUUGUCCAGAAGAUCUUUCAGGGUCCCUUCGAGUUCGACGUUCUUUUUUCUUCUGGCUCCGCCCACAAGCCCUUGACAUCGGAGACUAUCACCAACGAACUUGAGAAAUCCUCACUGUCAUUCUCCGAAAGAUUUCAGCAGGUACUUGCGCCCAAGGCGCCCUUCGACUCCGAAGACUAUUCGACGUUCUCGAAGGCUAUGCUUUCAAACCUGAUUGGUGGUAUUGGCUUCUUCCACGGUGACGACGUUGUUGAUCGCUCUGCCUCUCCUGCAUAUGACGAGGAGAACGAAGGUUUCUGGGAAGAGACUGCCGAGGCUCGGGCUGCGGCCAAGCCCGUAAUGGAGGGGACAAAGGAUCUCUUUACCUGUGUUCCUUCCAGGCCGUUCUUCCCCAGAGGGUUUCUUUGGGACGAAGGCUUCCACUUGAUGCCUGUGAUGGAAUAUGACUCUGACCUUGCACUCGAGAUCAUUAAGAGCUGGUUCCAUCUAAUGGAUGAAGAUGGCUGGAUUGCCCGUGAGCAGAUUCUGGGACAGGAAGCUCGCAGCAAAGUUCCAUCCGAAUUCACGACCCAGUACCCUCACUACGCUAACCCACCAACCCUGUUCAUGGCCCUGGAAGCCUUUAUGGAUAAGGCGAAAAGCAACAAGAGCAUUCAGACGGAGUCUCUGGAUAAUAGCGACAUGGCUGAGAGCUUGCGCUCUGCUACCCUGCGAAAUCCGGAGCUCUCCAAUGCUUACCUUCGCUCAUUCUACCCGCUGAUGAAGAGACACUAUUCUUGGUACCGCAGCACCCAGCGUGGAGACAUCAAGUCCUACGACCGCGAGGCUUUCUCUACCAAGGAAGGCUAUCGCUGGCGCGGACGCUCCGUGCAACACAUCUUGACUUCUGGCAUUGAUGAUUAUCCCCGACCCCAGCCGCCACACCCUGGUGAGCUGCACGUGGAUUUGAUUAGCUGGAUGGGCAUGAUGACUAGAACCCUGCGUCGUAUUGCGGAGUACCUCGAUGAGGUGGAAGAUGCCGAGGAGUUUGCCUAUUAUGAGAACGCCAUUACACGCAACAUUGAUGACUUGCACUGGGACGAGAAGGAGCAGACUUUCUGUGAUGCGACCAUCGACGAGUUUGAGGAGAGCGUUCAUGUUUGUCACAAGGGCUACAUCUCCAUUUUCCCCUUCCUCACUGGCAUGCUGGGUCCCGGCAGCCCUCGACUGAAGGCUGUCUUGGACCUGAUUAAUGAUCCCGAGGAGCUGUGGAGCGACUACGGUAUUCGAAGCUUGAGUAAGAAGGACAAGUACUACGCCACGGAGGAGAACUACUGGCGAAGCCCAGUCUGGAUGCCUAUCAACUAUUUGGUGCUGAAGAACCUUUAUGAUACCGCACUUGUCUCCGGUCCUCACCAGGAGCAGGCCCGAGAGAUGUACUCCAAGUUGCGGAAGAACUUGGUCGAGAACGUGUUUCGGGAGUGGAAGCGCACUGGAUUCGCUUGGGAACAGUAUGACCCCGAGACGGGCAAGGGACAGCGCACUCAGCACUUUACCGGCUGGACCAGUAUGGUGGUGAACGUCAUGUCCAUGCCAGAUCUGCUCGAGGGCGGAAAGACGGCUCACGAUGAGCUGUGA